UGAACUGUUCAAGAGAUGUUUCUUCUUGUGUCAGAUAUUCCAAACCCUAAUUCAUAAUCUUCUUUUCGCUUUCAAAUUCUUCUUUUGUUAUAAUCUAAAAUACAAGACGACAACAAAAGCUAAAAGAGGGAAGGCCUAUAACUCGAAAAACGUUAACAAAGACCCAACUUUGAAAAGCAAAAAGAAAUCACAAGGGUAAUUUUGUAACUCCAAGUAGCUCUAUAUUCCCUCCCUCUUUUCUUUGCUUUCUUCCUCAUACAGAAACAGAAUCACUGUAGUAGUUAGUAGAGUACAGUACACUCUGUAGUAAGUGAAGAUGUUUUGAGUUUCAGAGAGAGAGUUUUGGAAAAGAGAGAGUGUGGGUUUCAUCACCCAGAGAUAAUGGUGUCCCAAAACCCCUUUUCUUCUUUCAAUCGACCGAGUACAACUCCUAAAUUCUGCAAUACCUUCAAUAACAGGAUAUUUUCAGAUGUUGCUGGCGACAUUACGAUCGUUGUUGAUGGAGAGUCUUUUUUACUGCACAAAUUCCCGUUAGUCUCUCGAAGUGGGAAGAUUCGGAAAAAGGUUGCGGACUCAAGAGACUCAAGCCUCACCAAGUUGGAGCUCCUGAACUUACCAGGUGGACCCCAGACAUUUGAACUCGCAGCAAAGUUUUGUUAUGGGACAAAUUUUGAGAUCACUCCAGAAAAUGUUGCCAACCUUAGAUGCGCUGCAGAAUACCUGGAAAUGUCUGACGAUUACUGGGAAGAAAACCUCAUUAGCCGAGCAGAGAUUUAUCUUAAGGAAAUCGUGGUUCAAAGUCUUGAAAAAUCUGUGGAGGUUUUAUCCACCUGUGAGGCUCUACUGCCUACAGCCGAGGAGGUAGGAAUCGUGACCAAAUGUGUAGAUGCAAUUGCCAUUAAUGCUAGUAAGGAGCAGCUAGUUUCAGGUUUGUCUCACUUAAAUUCUGCCGGUUCUGGGAAACUGAAUAUGGAUUGCACCGAGUGGUGGGUUGAGGACCUCUCGGUUUUAAGGAUCGAUUUCUAUCAGAGAGUAAUUGCUGCCAUGAGAAGAACAGGUGUUCGAGCAGAUAGCAUUACUGCAUGCUUGAUGCACUAUGCCCAAACAUCUCAAGUGGGAAUUGGAAAACGCGAGAUUUGGGAUCCUUCACGGAUAAAACUUGAUUCCACUAUGGCAGAGGAUGAACAGAGGGUUAUAGUGGAGACCCUUGUAAGUCUUCUGCCAACAGAUAAAAGUACAUCUAUUCCAACGAGUUUUCUGUUUGGGAUGCUCAGAUUGGCUAACCUAGUGGGUGUGAAUAGUGCCUGUAGACUUGAGCUUGAGAGGAGGAUUGCUUAUUUGUUAGAGAUGGUUUCCCUUGAUGAUCUGCUUAUCCCUUCAACGCAGACUGGUGAUUGUAUCUUUGAUGUUGAUACCGUUCACCGAUUACUAGUGAAUUUCCUGCAGCGCAUUGAAGAGGAAGAACCUGAAGACUCGUUACAGUAUGGUUAUGAGUCCGAGGGUCUCGGAUCUACUAGCCAUGCUUCAGUGUUGAAAGUUGGAGGGCUAAUUGAAGCUUAUCUAGCUGAAAUUGCACCGGACCCAUGUCUGAAUCUGAAGAAAUUCACCAAUAUCAUUGAGAUCUUGCCUGACUAUGCCCGUGUUAUCGAUGAUGGACUUUACAGAGCUAUUGACAUAUAUUUAAAGGCACAUCCUGCACUAACUGAAAAUGAAUCUAAGAAACUGUGCAAGUACAUAGACUGCCAAAAGCUCUCUCAAGAAGCCAGCAACCAUGUGGCACAAAACGAUCGUCUACCAGUUCAGAUGGCAGUACGGGUUCUCUACUUUGAGCAGCUCCGCUUGAAAAAUGCCUUCUCCGAGAGCUCUGGAGACGGGUUCCUAUCACAGAGAAUCAGCAGUGGAGUUCCAAGUGCUGCCAUGUCUCCAAGGGAUAACUAUGCUUCUUUGAGGAGGGAGAACAGAGAACUAAAGCUCGAAGUAUCAAGAAUGCGGGUAAGGUUAAGUGAGCUGGAGAAGGAACAAGGUUUCAUGAAGCAAGGAAUGAUGGAGAAACCAGGACAUGGGAAGACAUUCUUAACGUCAAUUUCAAAAGGAAUUGGACGCAUCGGUAUAUUUGGUGGUCCAACUGAAGGGAAACCACAAAAAGCUGGUAGGAAAUCUCAGGGAUCAGAAGUUAAGAAAGGAAGACGAAGAAGGCACUUACUUUCAUAAGUAUAUUUCUGUUGCAUUGCAGGAAGCAAGAGUCUUGUAGCUGGAAAUGCUUAGUGACUAGUGGAGAAGAAUCAGAUUUGGGACAAUCGAUUAUGUUACUACAUGUUUAACACGGGAGAGCAGAACCCAGCAUCCUGUUGGACUACACAUGCUCAGGGAUUCUAUGGAUGGGGGACGUCUAAGUGGGAAACCACAGGAAGGUAGUUUUGUUCCCAAGUGAAUGAUAGUGCGUGAAAAUGAGACAUGUUCUGUACAGUCCAAGUAUAUAAUGGCAAGUAUAAGCUCAAUAGGGAAUCUGAACUCAGAUGUGAAUCCAUCCAAGAGUUUCUAAGACAAGGUCGGUAUAAACCCAAAAUUCAAAAGUGAUUGAAAUUCGUUGUGUCAAUUUACUUUCGUAUGUUACUCAGAUACUGAUCAUUUAUAACGUGUAUUUAUAUAUGUAUUGCCUGUAAUACUAGAUUUCAUAUUAUAAGUUUCUGUUCCGAGUUUCUGGCGA